GUCCUCCACACUACUCGCGAAGUUGAACGAGGUUAGAUGAAUAGAAUAGUGUAGAGGGGCACUUCGGCUUACUUCGUCCAACUUUACCUCGCCUCGGUCGACUUCCAUUUGUUGUCGGUUUUUGCGCCCGAGUCAAAGGGCGCGAAGUUACCCGAAGUGCGUUCUCGAAGUGCCUCUCUACACUACUCGGCCGACUUCAGUACGACUACGCGUCAAGACGUCGCGGUCGUUUUGAAUUCACGUGUUUUUCGUUGAUAUGCGAGACUAUUAUGAGCGGCAUACAGUGGUCACAGGAGCAAACUAUGUUGUUUCUUGAAACACUUCAAGCAGAGCCUUUUAUUUGGGACCCCAGUGAGAAAAGUCAUAAGGACAAGAAAAAAGUAAAUGAUGCUUGGGAUCAUGGAACUGAUUCGAUUGAGGAAGAAACAACCAACGCUUCAGAGGAUGUACCAAUUGCUUCUCCAACUCCAAAAGAACCAGAGCCCCGAAAAAAUAAACACACCAUCCGACGGCGUGAUAACCCGCCGGAAUUGCAAGUUGCCAGUAGGCAGAUGACAGAAGCCUUCAAUAACUUAAAUAAAGUGAUAAAUAAUCCUUCAAAGGAUGAUUAUGACGAGUGCGACGUAUUCGGCAAACUAAUUGCCAAAAAACUGAAGAGGUUACCGGAACAUGAAAGGGAUAAUAUCAUGUUCGAUAUACAUGCUCUGUUUCGGAAAUCACCUAAUAAAAGAUCUCCAUCGGGUGAAUCGUUCUGUACUUCAUAG